GCAGAACCUUCCUCCUGAUGUCUGGGUCCAUCUGCUGCCUCUUGGUCCUCCUGGUCCUCCUGGUCCUCCGGCCGGCCCCUGGGCAGCUCCAGGACUUCGGACCGGCCCCCGGGCAGCUCCAGGACCUUGGGGACCAGGGCGUCUGCCAGCUCAUCUCCAUCCCGCUGUGCAGAGACCUGGACUACAACCGGACCGUCCUGCCCACCCUGCUGGGCCACAGCAGCCAGGAGGAUGCCGGUCUGGAGGUCCAUCAGUUCUACCCGCUGGUGGAGGUCCGGUGCUCGGCAGAACUGCGCUUCUUCCUGUGCUCCCUGUACGCCCCGGUGUGCACGGUUCUGGACCGGGCCAUCCCCCCCUGCCGGGCGCUGUGUGACCGGGCCCGGCGGGGCUGCGAGCCGCUCAUGAACCGGUUUGGCUUCCCAUGGCCGGAGCGGCUCCGCUGCCAGAACUUCCCGGUUCAUGGUGCUGGAGAGAUCUGCGUGGGUCAGAACACCAGCGACGGCGACCCGACUCCCGGCUUCCCUGAGCUCCGGACCCCAUCCCCCCAAACCUUCUCCUGCCCCCACCAGCUGCAGGUGCCCCCCUACUUGGGCUACCGGUUCCUGGGGGCCGUGGACUGUGGUGCCCCCUGUGAGGUGUCCCAGCCCGGAGGACUCCUGUUCUUCUCUGAGGAGGAGGUGAAGCUGGUCCGGCGGUGGGUCGGCGUCUGGUCGGGUCUGAGCGCCAUCAGCAGCCUCUUCGCUGUCCUCAGCUCGCUGCUGGACGCCCGGCGGUUCCGGUACCCAGAGAGACCCGUCGUCUUCCUGUCCGGCUGCUGCUUCAUGGUGGCGGUGGCGUAUGGUGCCGGCUUCCUGCUGCAGGACCGGGUGGCCUGCAUGGACCGGUUCAGGGAGUACGGGUACCGGACGGUGGUCCAGGGAUCCAGGCAGGACAGCUGCACCAUCCUCUUCACGGUUCUGUACUUCUUCAGCAUGGCGAGCUCCGGCUGGUGGGUGGUUCUGUCCGUUUCCUGGUUCCUGUCCACUGCCAUGGCGUGGGGUCAGGAGGCCAUUGAGGCCAAAGCUCGGUUCUUCCACGCGGCGGCCUGGUCAGUGCCGGCGGUCCAGAUGGUGGCGGUCCUGGUGUCGGGUCGGGUGGAGGGCGACCCGCUGACGGGCGUGUGCUCCGUGGGGAUCUACGACGAGGCAGCGCUGCGAGGCUUCGUCGUGGCGCCGCUCUGCGUCGGCCUCCUGGUCGGCGCCUCCUUCCUGCUGGCCGGCUUCGUUUCGCUGCUCCAGAUCAGAACCAUCAUGAAGGACGGCGGCGCCGAGACGGUGAAGCUGGAGAGCCUGAUGAUGCGUGUUGGCGUGUUCGGCAUUCUCUACAUGCUGCCCACCACCGCCGUCAUCGCCUGCUGCCUCUACGAGCUGAGCUCACGGCGCCGCUGGGAGGAAACAUGGCGGCUGCAGACGUGCAGAGGAUUCGCCGUAACGUGUCCGGAUGGACAGAUGGCGCCGAGCUCACCAGACCUCACCGUGUUCCUGGUCAAAUACCUGAUGAGCCUCAUGGUCGGCGUCACGUCGGGGUUCUGGGUUUGGUCGAGGAAGACGCUGCAGGCGUGGCGACGUUUCGUAGGACUGAACAGAGACGAGACGACGGAACCACGACCCACGGUUUGACCAGAACACCAAAGAAGAACCUUCAGCUGGACUCAUCAGAUCGUCAUCAGGUCCUGUUGGUCGGAGGAGCUUCACUAGAAACCAGGAUGAUGACAUUCCAGGUGUUUGUUCUUUGUGUUGACCUUCUACGUCUAAACCAACUUUACACUCUGGUACAGGCUUCUUCUGGAAGGUUCUGGAAGGUUCUUCACCUCUCAGAGAGGUGAAAGAUCUUUCAGAACCUUCCAGAAGAUGCCUGUAUAUUGUAUGUUUACACAGUACUACAUGUCUAAACCAUCUUUAGGGUUAGUAGCGUUCUCUCAACUUUGAUACCCUACAAAACCAACCAGUCUUCCUCUAGAAGGUUCUGGAAGGUGUUAACGUCUUCCAGAACCUUCUAGAGGAAGACUGGUUGAUUCCUCCAGAACUCCUCUGAUGAAUUUUCCAAGUCUUGAUCGGUUCCAUGGAGAACUUUUACAGCUGAUGUGUUAAAAUGAACUCUGUCUUUGAGUCUUUUUGUGUUUUUGUGAAUAAAAAUCUGUAAACUGAGGAGAAAACGUUUUGAUUCGUUGUGAUUUUUCCUGUUUUUUCUUCACGUCUGAAUAUUUUUAAAUAAAGAUUAAAACUCUGUUCGCAGCAGAGAACUGGACGAAGCACCACUGAGCUGCAUUUAGUUUGGUUCAGCUGAAAAUAAUCUACAGGUUUUUAUGUCAGACGACAAUUUAAACAAUAUUUUAGCUGGAAUUUAACAAAACAGUGGAAAAGUAACCGAUAAUUUAGUGAGAAAAAUGAUGAU